AAUCACGAGAAUGUGAAACGCUUUUAAAAGAAUGCACCGCUAAAUAAUAAUAAUGAUUUGAAAUAUAUUUUCGAUUCUUUAGUUCCUGAAGCUCCGAAAAAUCUUCGUUUGGUAGCUCAGACACAGAACCAAGUGAAACUAACCUGGGAUCCGCCCUCAAACUGUAACACUGUGGUGAAAUAUAUCAUACUGAUAGAAUGUGAAACACAGAAUUAUAGCAAAAAACAAACGGUUAUGGAAAACAUUUCCAUUAUUAAUGGUUUAAUUCCAGCUACGAACUAUAUCUUACAGGUGGCGGCUGCAAACAAAAGAGGACGUGGUCCAUUCUCUUCACUACAAAUUAAUACACCAGACAAAUAUAGUUAUAUUCCCCCGAAACUUAAUGUAGCAGUUAUUGGUAGAAAUGAGGUGCACUUGUCAUGGCUACCACCAAAAGAUGCACUCGGACGUGUCAACCGUUAUGAAGUUUUCAUGGAUGGAACAUUGGUAUAUUCAGGAAAUAAUAUGACCCUUGCUCUUACAAGAUUGACACCCGAUAGAGAAUAUACAUUUGUGGUAUCGGCUAUAACUAACGAAGGACGACUUGAUAGUGUUCCAUUGAAGAAGAAAACAUUUAAAGACGAUUUUAAUACAGAAACUAUCGUUUCGAGGUCGGUGACAAAUCUUGUAAAGAACAAAUAUUUUUCAAAGAAACCAAUAAAAUCGUAUCUGGCUCCAAGAAGAUGCAAAUCAGCUUAUUGUUUAAAAAGAAAUCAUUCAAAAAUAAAGGCUUCAGCAUCCGCCUCUUUACUAACCAAAAGAUCUACAUUCCAAAAACAUCAAAGUCAUUCUGCAUCACCAUUUAUGCAUCAUAUGCACAAUAAAAAGCAUAAUACGAAAUCCACACUAAUUAAUAAACGUUCAGCUAAAGAAUCUUUAGCUUUGUUGCCACCCAGUCAAAUUAACAUCAGUAUGUGUGGACACGAAUUAAAUAUUCUAGACAGUGAAUUUUUAUUAGAAACCGGUGACGGUCUGGAUUUGGAUAAAACCGUUGCUCUUUCAAAGACACCAGCCAAUUCAUCACUGGGAAACAGACUUCAUACCGCCGGCGAAAUAAUUGGACCGUUCCAUUCUACACCAAAUAAAGAGAACAUGGUAAAUACUUAUGAAGAGCGACAGUUCUCAAAGAAACUUCUUACUUCAAUGUGGAGUAUUCCACAAAACCUUCAAAGCAGACGACUAAAGAAAACCAGCGCCAAGCAACGUACUGAACAAUUACAUGUAUCUAACGCAAAACACAUAGAUAUAGAAAAGAACAAUUCUUGUUGUGUAGGCACAAAGUCUCGUUUGGAACGGAAAAUUCCCCGUGAUGAACUUGUCUCCAAAGAAAAAAGUAGAGGUAGUAAAGAAGUUUGCAAAAACAAUCAUUCCAAGAGUACAACUACUAAAGUUGAUCGAAGAACUAUAACCAUCGCUAGAAGUUUACACAAUCUUAAAUUAAACGAAGAUAAACGUUUGAGUAAAGAACUAAUAAGAUUAUCACCAUCUGUCGGCACCACAAAAAAGUUUGGUACUAAAGAAAUUAACAAGGCAAAACUAGUCUCAAAAGAUAAUCCGUCUUCAGGGAUUAAGAAUAAAGAUGAAAACAUUUCACCCGAGAAACUUUCUAAAAGUGAAUGUAAUAGCAAGCAGGAUAAACGCCAAAAAUCUAAAAAAAGUGUCCAUAAAAAUAAAUACAUGCGUUCAUCUGGCAGCGGAAAACACUCGCCGAAGUCUACAUCAAGCUUGACUUCAUCAUCCGGUAAAAGCAAAGUGAUACGAAUGCGCGGGAAGUCUGCCAUUUUAUCUUCUCCACAACUUGUUGGUAGGUCAAAUGGAACAGUGAAAGAAAGCAAGACAUCUCCUGGGAAAAUUUACUCAUCUCAUAAAGUAGGACAUUGGAGGAGUGCAGUGAAAAGUGAUGCAUCGAAAAAUGAUUUGACAACCAACGCUUUAAUCGAACAAGUUGUUUAUUCUGUACGUAAGCCGUCGUCCACUGGAAGAGCUAAAUCAAGUUAUCCCAGGCUAAGCGCGAUCACACUGACAUCAGAUGUCGCAGAGUAUCGCUACAAGUCUGCUGGCCACGGGGAAAAUUUCUUGCCCAGCCAAGUUCGGGCUCAGCCAAGUAAUUUGAAUUUACGCCAACUGGAAAGAAUCCAUUCAACGCUAUUGGAAAUGAAAGACAACAAGGGAAACUCGAAUCUACGAAGAAUAAUAUAUAAAAAAAUGCAAGAUAUGAUACCUACAUCUAUAUCUAUUGAUCCUUCGUUAUCUUUCAACUCGAUUGCAUCAACGGCAAACAAGCAAUCGAGAAAGUCAAAAUCUAUCAGUACACUUUUCGGCAAACAAAUGCAACUGAAUGGCAUUAAACUAAAUGGGAUUAGACUAAAUGGAACUAAACCACCGUUAAAAUCCUCAAGAACGGAAACCGAUUCUAUGGUACAUCGUAAAUCCUCGAAAUGAAACUUAUUGAGAAAUUACGAAUAUUAAUCAUUAAUUAAUGAUUGACGUUUAAUUCUCAAUGCUUACGAAAUAUUUACAUUUAUGAAUGUUUUCUUUAUAAAAAAAAAAGUGAUUGCUUAAACUCUGAUUACUCAAUAUAGAUCGCUGAUGCUCUCUCU